UGUGAGCAAGUGUGUAGGCAGCUAUGAGAUCAGUAGAGGAGAAGAGAGAGAGAAAGAGACAGUGGGGAAGAGAGAAAGAGGGAGGAGUGUCAAAGUGAUAGAGACAGAAGGGGUGAGAGAGACAGAGCGCAGUAGGGAACUACAGAAAGUCAGGGCGAUAGAGACAGAAGGAAGAGAGAGACGCAGGUGAAGCUGAUGAGCUAAAGGUAGCUGGGAACAUGUGCAUGCGAGCUCGCGGGAUGCAGCACCGCGAAAACGAGCGCUAAACCGCGCGCGCUGAUGUGGGCUCCAGUCGUGAGCGGGGGCGCGCGCUGAUCACAGAACGCACACAGCUUUUCCCCCCACGUGCUGCAGGCGGAUGUGAGCGUUAAAGAGCGAGCGGCGGGGCCGAAGAUUCAGGAGCAGCGCGAGCUGGAGGCAAUGCUGCGUUAAGUUGAAGCGCUGUGACUCAAAGUUUUAAUGGGGAUUGAGGACCUGAGCAUGAGGAAUGGCCGGGCGCUGUCCGACCAGUGGGCUGACGGUGUGGUGGUGCGUCCCCGGACCACUGAACAACACAUCACUGUGCACAAGAGACUUGUGCUUGCUUUCGCAAUCUCCAUCCUCACCCUCAUUGUGGUGACAGCCAUUGCUGUGAUGCUGGGUGUCCGCUUUGAGAAAUGCAGCGGUGGCAGUGAGAGAGUUGUUCUACCUGGUAAUGGGUCCAAUCAGUUGCAAGAUGGAAAUUCUGAGCAUAAAGGGGAAGAGUUGCAGCCGUGGCGCCAUUCACGCUUACCAGCCACACUACGCCCACGCCACUAUGACCUCCAGCUUUCUGUGUACAUGGACAAUUAUACCUUCUCUGGAAAGGUGAGCAUCGAGUUUGAAUGUGUGAACGCAACCAAGUUCAUCGUGCUGCAUGCGGACAGGCUGGAUGUGGAUAAGGUGGCUGUGUACUCAGAUAAUAAAAAACCAGGUGCAAUGAGGAUCCACCGGCAGUUCCACUAUGCUCCCAACCAGGUCUAUGUCAUCACUUUGCACCGAGAAAUGAAGCCACUCAGAACAUACAAGCUCAACAUCACAUUUGAAGCUCAAAUUGAAAACGAACUGUUGGGCUUCUUCCGCAGCUCAUACCUGCUGCACGGAGAGAAAAGGUAUCUCGCUGUGACCCAGUUCUCACCGACUCAUGCAAGGAAGGCUUUCCCAUGUUUUGAUGAGCCAAUCUACAAAGCCACCUUCACUGUAAGACUGAGGCAUGAUGCCUCUUACCAGUCCCUCUCUAACAUGCCUACUGAGGCAUCCAGCCUGGAUGAGGAUGGCUGGGUCACCAAUCACUUUUACAGGACACCUCGCAUGUCCACUUACUAUCUGGCUUGGGCAGUAUGCAACUUCACAUACCGAGAGGCGAUCACAGAUAGCGGAGUUGUGAUCCGGCUGUACGCUCGACCUGAUGCUAUUCAGAGCGGAUCAGGAGAUUAUGCCCUGCAGAUCACCAAAAGGCUUCUCAACUUCUACCAGAAUUAUUUCAAAGUAAAAUACUCCCUGCCCAAACUAGAUCUCCUGGCUGUGCCAAAACACCCGUAUGCAGCGAUGGAGAACUGGGGUCUUAGUGUGUUUGUUGAGCAGAAGAUUUUGCUGGAUCCAGAAGUCUCAUCUUUCUCCUACCAGAUGGAGCUCACCAUGGUGGUGGUGCAUGAGAUCUGCCACCAGUGGUUUGGAGACCUUGUUACCCCAGUCUGGUGGGAAGACGUAUGGCUCAAAGAGGGAUUUGCUCAUUUCUUCGAGUAUGUUGGGACUGAUUUCCUCUUCCCAAAGUGGAAUAUGGAGAAGCAGAGGUUCCUGACUGAUGUUCUUCAUGAGGUGAUGCUACUGGAUGGUUUGGCAAGUUCUCAUCCCAUCUCUCAGGAGGUUUUUGAAGCUGCUGACAUUGACCGAGUUUUUGACUGGAUUGCUUACAAAAAGGGAGCUGCACUGAUCCGCAUGUUGGCAAAUGUCAUGGGACAAGCUGUAUUCCAGAAAGGCAUCAAUGACUAUUUAAUGACGCACAUGUAUGGAAAUGCGGCAAGGGAUGACUUGUGGAACAAGUUUUCAGAGGCCAUGCAGACUGAAGGGAAAGACAUCAACAUAAAGGAAGUGAUGGAUGGGUGGACUCUACAAAUGGGCUAUCCCGUGGUCACCAUCAGCAAAAAUGAGAGCCUGGACAACAUGGUGACCAUCAACCAGGAACACUUCAUCUAUGACAUGGAAGCCAAGAUCAGCAACCCUGAUUUUUUCAACAAUAGUUUCCAGUGGCAGAUCCCAUUGACCCUAGCAGUGGGAAACGCCAGUCACAUAUCAUCUGAGACUGUCAUAUGGGUCUCUAAAAGAACAGAGAUGCACUCUGUGGGCCACAUAGACGAGAAGAUGUGGUUGCUGGGAAACAUCAAUCAAACAGGCUACUUCAGGGUGAACUAUGACCUUCACAACUGGAGGCUCCUUAUUCAGCAGUUGAUGAUCAACCCCACAAUCAUCUCUGUAGGCAAUCGUGCUGGCCUGAUUGACGACGUCUUCAACCUGGCCAGGGCUGGCUAUCUCCCACAGAGCAUCCCUCUGCAGAUCAUCUGUUACCUGUCUGAGGAGGAUGAGUUUCUGCCCUGGCACGCUGCCAGUCGUGCGCUGUACCAACUCGACAAGCUGCUUGACCGCACCAAGGACUACAGCAUCUUUAGCAGCUAUGUAUUGAGACAGGUUGAGCUGAAGUAUCAUAAGCUGGGCUGGCCAAGUGUGAAUGCAGAUGGCUCCUUCCUGCAGGCCACCUAUCAGACUGAAGAGCUACAAAGGGCAGUGAUUAUGUUGGCCUGCAGUUUUGGGAAUAAACACUGCCAUCGGCAGGCUGUGUCCCUUGUGUCCGAGUGGAUCUCGAGCAACAAGAACAGGAUUCCCCCAAAUGUACGGGACAUUGUCUACUGCACGGGUGUCUCUCUGAUGGAUGAAGAUGUAUGGGAGUUUAUCUGGAUGAAGUUCCACUCCUCCAUGGCCAUCUCAGAGAAGAAAGUCCUGCUGGAGGCCCUAACCUGCAGUGACAACACUUACCUACUCAACAGACUGCUCAACUUGUCUCUAAGCUCAGAUCUGGUGCCAGAUCAAGAUGUGAUUGACAUCAUCAUCCAUGUUGGCCGCAACCCACAUGGACGCCGUUUGGCAUGGAGGUAUUUCAGAGAAAAGUGGGACAUAUUAAACUCCAGGUAUGGUGAGGCUUUAUUUAUGAACUCUAAAUUAAUCAGCGGUGUGACAGAGUUUCUCAACACAGAGAGCGAACUCAGCGAGCUGAAGGAUUUCAUCCAGAUGAACAGUGGAGGAGCAGUAUCUGCAUUCACUCGAGCGUUGGAGAUUGUCAAGGCUAAUGUGAAAUGGCACAAUCUUUACAAGGAGCAGUUCUUCCAGUGGCUGAAGAAAUCACCCAAUGACUAAUAAUCCACCAUGUUCAUUAUCUGUUAGCAUGGAGUCUCUAUCAAACAUUUAUAGACCAUUAGCCAUGGGAGAAGAUAAAAGAACAAUAAAAUAUCAUUUUUGGACCCUGAUAAUCUUUGUUUUUCCUGAUAAAGAAAAGACCAGGCAAUGGUGGAAAUGAACAUGGAAUGGGUCAAAUAUGUGUUGCUACAAACAGAAUCACUGUUAAAUAUUGCCUGGUGGUGUAUAUCUCAAGUGACAUUCCAUUUUUUUUUCUCUUUUCUGUAUAUUCCUCAGAUCUUCAAAUCAUACUUGUUUCAUGCAUGAAAACAAUUUCCUCCCUCCAAUGAAUCGAUUUUCAGAGUUAGUACCUGAGUCUUGGGAUGCUCAGGACAAAUUUCAACUUUUUUUGGACUGCAAAUUGAUACUAAUCUGAAUGUAGAUAAGCACAAAAUCAGCCAGCCUGACAAUCAGUGAUUUCAACUGAAAUGGUCCAAAGAAAGGACAAAAGUGGGUGUUUGUUCCCUUUCUUCAAGCCAUAGAAAGAAGGACAGAGGAGAUCUGGGCAGCAGUCCAUAUUGGUGUAUCGAAUGGUUGUGUGUGUCUCACAUAUAUUGUAUGUUAGUACUUGUUUUCUUCACACAAGGCCUCACCUUGUAUAUCUAGUGUAAAUGCUAAAUGGAAAGUAAUCACUGUGUCAAAAUGUUCAUACACAAUAGUUUAUUACAGAGGAAAUACUGAGAAGAAGAGCUGUAAGGUGUUGGAAAUAUCUAGAAAUCAGACAUUUACAAGUUGUAGAUUUGGAGUGUUAGUUGGAAUAUGCUGUAAAUUUGAUGUCAGCCCAAAUCCCUGAUUGUUGCUCACUUGAAAAUCACAUGCUAACAUGAUGCAUAUGUUUACGGUGAGCUAAUUACAAUUAAAAUAUCAGUUGUAUAAGCA